GCCACCAGGCGAUACUGUCGGACGAGUGAUGACGGACAGCGAGGGAGUAAAGUUCAGGUCAGUCAGGAGGAGAGAGAGAUCACCGUGCUGCCGCGAAGGAAGAUGGACGAAGUGGACGACACGGCGGGGGUGAAGAUGGCUGCGUCCCACUCGUCUUCCUGCUGUUCCACCUGCAUCAGUCUGAAGGACAGAUGUCCUCGACCACAGGGACUCAUUAACCUGCUCAUCACGAAAGUGUGUCUGUUUGCGCUGCUCUUCGGGGUCGUCUGGUCCAUCACAGGACGGGAGUGUUUACCUGGAGGGAACCUGUUUGGCAUCGUCAUCCUCUUCAUCUGCUCUGUGCUGGGGGGGAAGCUGGUGGGACUAGUUCAGCUGCCCACGCUGCCCCCCUUCCCUCCACUGCUGGGCAUGCUGCUGGCAGGUCUGCUGCUGCGGAACGUUCCCUACAUCACCGACGCCGUCUACAUCGACAACCACUGGUCUGCAGCCCUGAGGAACAUCGCCCUGUCAAUCAUCCUGACCAGGGCCGGACUGGGCCUGGACCCUGCAGCGCUGAGUCGUCUGAAGGCGGUGUGUGUGCGUCUUGCCAUCGGUCCCUGUGUGGUGGAGGCCUGCAUCGUUGCCGUGGUGUCUCACUUCCUGUUGGCUCUGCCCUGGGUCUGGGGCUUCAUACUGGGUUUCGUCCUGGCUGCAGUGUCUCCAGCCGUCGUGGUUCCUUCCAUGUUGCUCCUGCAGAGAGAAGGAUACGGAGUGGAGAAGGGAAUCCCCACCCUGCUGAUGGCUGCUGGGAGUUUUGAUGAUAUUUUGGCCAUAACAGGAUUCUCUACCUGCCUGGGAAUUGCCUUCUCUACAGGUUCUACGUGGAUGAACAUACUGAAGGGUCUGCUGGAGGUGGUGGGAGGGGUCAUAGCCGGGCUGAUCCUGGGUCUGUUCUUGUGCUGCUUCCCCAGCAAAGACCAGGAGGACCUUGUGUUGAGGAGGACGCUCAUGCUGUUGGCUCUGUCCAUAUUUUCGGUCUUCUUCAGUCAUGUUAUUGGAUUUGCCGGAGCUGGUGGUCUUUGUACGCUGGUCCUGGCCUUUCUGGCUGCUCUGGGCUGGAAGACAGACAAGGCCCCGGUAGCGGCCAUGGUGGGCCGAUCAUGGGAUGUGUUCCAGCCGCUCCUCUUUGGACUGAUUGGAGCAGAGAUCACCAUAGCAACCCUCAGCCCCAGCACAGUGGGUUUGGGUCUGGCCUGUAUCAGUAUUGGUCUGGUGAUCCGCAUGCUUGUCACCUUCCUGCUGGUUCAUUUUGGAGGCUUCAAACUGAAGGAGAAAGUCUUCAUUUCUGUGGCCUGGCUUCCUAAAGCCACUGUACAGGCUGCUAUUGGCUCCAAGGCAUUGGACAUGGCGAGGGAGGAGGGGGACGAGACCUUAAUUAAGUUUGGUUUGAAUGUGCUAACGUUAGCUGUGUUAGCCAUCCUGACCACAGCUCCUAUUGGUGCACUGGGUAUUGGACUGGCAGGACCACGCCUACUGGCCCGGCAGGUCAAAGAUGAGACAGAAGGCAGAGCCACAACUCCAAGCAGCAAUGGGAUUGGUCAAGAGAAAGACAAUGUGACCCUUGAAAGCAAGCUAUGAGGCUUCUGAUUGGACAAAAAGUUAUAUAUUAUACUUCUUAAGUGAACUUUCUGUAGCUGCAGAGAUGCUGUUUGAAAUAUCUUUGCUGUGUGUUUCUUUUAAGCUUUUCGACUGAUAUGAUUCAAUAUUCUGACACAACAGAAGCUCAGUGCCAAUAUUUCAGACAGGUGACAGGUAGGAAUGAUAAAAAAUAAUAUAGAAUAAUAACUUUCUGUCAGGAUUUUAACUAACUGUCUCGUUGUCGUAGAAUGAAAUAAGCAAAUCUAAGUUUUUGUCAUUCCUUACAUUUUGUAUGUGUUAUUCUGUUUCUGGGUGGAA